AUGACUGGAUUUAACCCAACAAAAGGUAGCUUCAAUUUCAGGCCCAAAGUGGGUUCUCCUUCUACACGACAAAUUGCGUCCCAGAAACCCAGCCCUAGAUCUUCGACACUCCGAAAUUCUACUCAGUCCGACGCAUUCAACCCCUUCUUUAAGAAGCUAAGUGAAGCCGAAUGGAAGGCCAAGAAGGAAAAGGAAUUGUGUUUUCGCUGUGAUGGCAAAUACUCCAUUGGGCAUCAGUGUAAGAACAAGGAAUUACAGACUUUGGGAGAGGUGCAAGCACUAGGCUCUUUGAAGUUCCAGCUUAACUUGAUUGCCAUAAAGAAUGGGAUUCAGAAAAUCAGUGGCUUUACAGUUUUUGACACUGUAGAGAAAAAAACUUACGAUUCUCUGUUGGAACUGGAGAUCUACGUGGAUUCAGAGUGA